AUGCGUAGCACUCAGCCACCGGGCACAGCUGCGGUUCACAAAUGGGCAGUGCUAAGAGCAGACGUGGGCCAUGGCAGCUGGCAGCAGAUGGCAAAGACCUCUUCCCUAGGCACCCGCCAGCGAAAGCCUCGUCGAGGUGCAGUCGAAGGUGGGGGGGAUGCACCGGGGACCUGCAGCUUGUGCCGAAAGCACCUGUGCUGGGUCGCGUCGCUGGGUGCAGUAUGCAUGUGGUCCAUACUUGUCUUUUCAAUCUGGCGGGAGCUGCAGGACGGACCAAAGAUGUCCGCGGAGGCUCUCCAGCCGAGUGUUGUCGGAACGCUACAAAGCAGGGUUAUCACCUUGGAAAAAGAACUGUCGCGAGCAAAGGAGGAAAUUGCUGAGAGGGACAGGAUGUUGGCGGACCUGCAGCAGAGGGCUCGUGAUGAUGCGCGUGGUGAUCAGUUGGCUCCGGCGCUAGCACCCACACCAUCUCCGAUGUCACCUGCCGAGUUUGCGAAGGUGGCAGGCGCCUCCGGAGUGGCAGAGCCCUGGCCCUCGCCGCAGCUGCGCGGCACGGCAAAGGCGUCUGCGACCUCGACCUGCGACUUCCAGCAGGAUGUGGACUACUUCCUCUUGGCAGGACGAGGGAAGGAGGAGAUGGUCAAGGCCAGCUCGAACAAGGCGGAAUGCUGUCAAAUCUGCAUUGACAAGAAUCGUCAAACGCCGGGCGCCUGUACGGUGGCCGUCCUGAGCUCUUCCUCGGACUCCCCACCUUCGGGAUGCUGGAUCAAGGGUGCCGGCUCCAUGAAGAUCCUGGCGGCCUUGAAGCCCAACUUGAAGCCCGGGGUCUUGGCUUGUUUUCCACCUGGACACGGCGAGAUGCCCACGGUGCCCACGGCACCACCCGUGGACAGCACGGCAGUUGCGGAGCACGAGAAAGGUCUAACUCUCCUCAUCUCUUCGGUAACAACCCAGGACAUGCGGGCCAAUGCAGUGCGAGAUUCGAUUCGCCACGCCUGGUCAUGCUACAAGACUUUUGCUUGGGGCAACGAUGAGCUGCUGCCCAUAGCCGGCAAGGGUCGAAACCGUGGCUUCAACCUGGCUGUGACGAUGGUGGACUCUCUGGAUACGCUCUGGCUCGCCGGCCUCAAGGAGGAGUUCAACGAUGCAAGGGACUGGCUCGUAGCCCACUUUCACAACAAGAUCAACGCGAUCGGCAAGACUGUCUCGGUUUUCGAGACCACCAUCCGAGUGUUGGGUGGCCUGCUGUCGGCGUAUGACCUUUCCAAGGAGAGCGCUUUCCUGGAUCUGGCAGUGAAAAUGGGGCAGAAGAUCCUGGCCGUGGUGACCGCCAGAGGCAUCACUCCCUACACCUUCGCCGGCGGGCGUGGAGGCAGCGGUUGCCCAAGCCUGGCAGAGUCGGGAACGCUUCAGCUGGAGAUGCGGUACUUAUCCCACGUGACCGGGGACCAGACCUUCGCGGCCAAGACCAUGAAGUUCUACGAGACGGUGCGAGGCUACAAGAGCUUAGACGGGCUGUGGCCCAACUGCUUCGAGCGAGGCAGAGGAAAAAUCACCUUUGGUGCAGAUGGCGACUCUUUCUACGAGUACCUGUUGAAGGUUUGGAUACAGGGCGGAAAGCGCCAGGAAGAAGACUACCUGAAAGGAAUGUACGACAAGGCUGUGGAAGGUAUGGAGAAGCACUUGGUCAGAAAGGGCGCCGAUGGCCUGACCUACCUUGGCACGGCAACGUUGGAAGCGACCGGUGCCAGCUACGUGCAGGAGAUGGAGCAUCUCACCUGCUUCGUGCCGGGGUGGAUAGCUCUCGGAGCACAGCACUGGCAAGAUGAUCUCCGGCAGCGCCGGAUGCAACUGGCCGACAGCAUUGCAUACACCUGCUGGCAGAUGUACGAAAAGCAGCCGACAGGCAUCGGUCCGGAGAGGGUCAAAAGCGAGGCCAUGGACCUCUCCAAGACCAACACGAAAGAGUACAUCCUCAGGCCGGAGGCGGUCGAAGGUUGGUGGUACAUGUGGGAGCUGACUCAGGACACCAAGUACCGCGACUGGGGUUGGAAGACGCUCCUUGCCUUCGAGAAGUGGCUCUGGGUCCCGCAUGGGUAUGCUUCUUUGAAGGAUGUGCGACAGACUUCCAAGAGCUACUUGGACAGGAUGGAGAGCUUCUUCAUCGCCGAGACUUUGAAAUACCUCCUUUUGCUCCAGGCCGAUCACGACGUGAAGCUGGACCGCUACGUGUUCAACACAGAGGCACACCCUCUGUCAAUCUUGGACUUUGCACCGAAGCCAUGCAUGUGGGCUGGGAACAUCCUGGCCCUCUUUCACCCCCUUCCCUCCGACCUCAACCCUCCUUCCGAGCGCAGAGCCAUGGUCAAAAGCCCGUCGGAGAUAUUCUGCGCCAUGGUUUCCCCAGUCGCAUCAAGCACUGAGAAGAUGCCGACUAUAGCCGAAAUACGCUGGCAUCUCGUCCUGCUCAAGUACAAGCGGCCAUUCUCCACGGGCUGCGUGACGUGGGAUGCUUCCGAAUUCACCUACUUCUCCGGCUUUUUCCAAGCAAGAGCUUUGAGACCUGCGGAGCUGCACCUGAGGCGGGAGAGCCCUCCCUCUGCCCAGAACGGAAAGCGCAGCCGGCUGCGCGUCUUCUCCGAGGCAGAGGAGGAUGAGCUCGGAAUCGGGACCCUGCUCGGCGACUAUGAGGAGCAAGGCGUGAACCAUGGUCGUCCGACAUACCAGAAGGUGGUGGACGCGCCUAGCCAAGACGAGGUCAGCGUCUACGUCUACUACUGGGACACUCGUGAUGGUGUCGACUUUUCUGGUUGGUGGUUCGGCGACAAGGUCGGUGGAUCCCAGGUCUGGUCCCGUGCCACGGACAACGGCAAGGCUCCACCAGAGCGGGGCUGGAAGGUGCCCUGGGAUGGAGACGCCCCGGAUGGCUUGCUUUGUGUCGAGGUUCUCAAUGCCGGCAUGGCGCAGCCGGUUUCAACAAGCAGCCCUACGGCCCCUACGGUACCACCCAAGGCAGUGAAGGCCAAGGUCCAGGAACCAGAUGAGACAGACAAAGAUUUACUGAAAGAGCGUAUCCGCUUGGCAGCGGAUCGAGUUACCUCAGCAGAAGCGGAAACACAGCAGGCGGUCAGAGCGGCGAAGGAUAUGCUGGCUGCCGAGGACGUUGAUGAAGCGACGAUCCUGGAAGCAGACUCGCAACUCAAAGCCCAGAUGGAGACAAUCCAGGCAGAACACAAGGACAUUGCCAAGGAGGUGCAGGAUGCACGAGCAAGCGGCUCAACCCAGGGCACUGUGGGGGAGUUUGCUCGGCUACUGCCCAGGCUCCGAGCGCUCCACGCGAGUUGUGAGAAGGAGCUCUCUACCGUCAAGCUAGCCUUGGCCAAGGUCAGAAAGGCUGCGGAACAUGCCAAGCAGCAGGCCAGUGCCGCAGAGGCCGCCGCCGAGGCAGAGCAGAAGGAUGUCCUCGCCUUUCAAGCAGCGCUGCCCCAGGCUAUGCAGGUCGUCACCGACGCCGAGGAUGCUGUCGAGACGGUCGCCAUCCUUGCGGCGGCUGUGUCCAUCGACGAAGAUGUCCCAGAUGCCGGCGAGACUCAGACGAAGGCGAUCCAGGACAUCGAGAAGGCUGCGACGAAGGCUUCCACAAACUUGAUCGAGGCCAAGAAGAUUGUCCAAAGUCGCCUCGUGGAGAUAAAGCGCUAUGCGCCCGAGGCAAAGAAGGUGGCAAUGAAAGAGUACCAGGACCGCUAUGACCUCCUCGGAGCUGUGGGCGAGGGAGCUUUUGGAACGGCCUACCUAGUGCAGCGAAAGGGGGAGGAGCAUCAGAGGGAGCUCCUGGUGGCGAAGAUGACCUCCUUGUCUCACCUCCAUAGAGAGAAGCAGAAGGAUGCCAUCCGAGAGGCUGAGCUACUGAGGAGUUUAUCCCAUCCCAACGUCAUCGACUUUGUGGACUCCUUCGUCGAAGAGAGCCGUUCUGGAAGCGCAUUCCUGUACAUCAUCAUGGGCUUUGCGGAUGCGGGCGACCUGGCGGCUAGAAUUCAAGAAGCCUUGGACCUGGGCAAAGCCAUCCCGGAGCACGAGGUUAUGAGCGUCAGCUCGCAAGUGGUGCUUGCCUUGUCCUACCUGCACCGAAACCGGAUUUUGCACCGUGAUGUGAAGCCGACCAACAUCUUUCUCACGAAGCGCCGCCUGGUGAAGCUGGGAGACCUUGGCCUGGCCAAGCGCGUUGAUCUCUCAGCGUCCCUUGCGCAGACACCGGCAGGUACGCCGCUCUACACGUCCCCGGAGGUCUGCCACAAGCAGCGCUACGGCACCCAGAGCGAUGUUUGGUCCCUGGGCGUGACAAUCUACGAAGUCGCAGCACUCAGGGCACCUUUUGAAGCCGAGUCCCUGGUUUCGCUUGUGAUGGAGAUCUGUCAUUCCCGGCCGGCUCCGAUUCCGUCCCAAUAUUCCGAAGAUCUUAGCCAUCUUACCAUGAGCCUGUUGGAGAAGGAUCCGAACGUGAGGCCUUCCCUGUGUAACAUCCUCUGCAUGCCAUUCAUGCGAUCCUGCCUGAAGCUACUACUGCGCGACCAGCAGCAAGCAGCUUGGGAAUGGGAUAGCCUUUUGUUGGCCCGGACCGUCUGCGAAGCUCUGUUACAGGGGGUGGCAGGCCGGGCAACGGGUCAAGGCAACAUGAAACGCCGGGACAGGGCCACCCUGCUCCCUGAUCUCGACCGCAAAAUCCUCGAGGCUUCCAAAAGGCUGUCGCCCCUGAAGAAGUUCCGACAGGACUUCGAGCAGAAGGCAAAUGCCAAAAAGGCCUUGGCUGAAAUCACCAAGACGCUCAGCAGUGCGGAGCUGGAGGUCGAGAAGGCGCACAUCAUGACAUCUUCAGCAGACUCCACUGGAUCGAAGAUGGAGGAGGGCGCGUGCGUUGAGAUGGCUCGCGCAUCCAUCUUGGCGGUUCUAGUCGCGAGAAGUCUAGCAGAGCAGAGGCCCAUCUGCAGACUAGCAGAUGCAUUCACAACGUCAGUGGAUAUGCACAUAGCAGACUGGGACAGUCAGAUCGACUUUGCCCUGAAUGAAUCACUCAACUGCUCCGAUUUCCUGGAGUAUGUCUACCUGUCAAGGGACCGGAUACGGACCCAGCUGGACUACGUGCGUGGUAACUUUACAGCUGAAGAUGAAGCCUUUCGGUUGCAGGGGGCCAUGGGUGGUUCGAGUGCGUGGGCAAUGACCCACAUGUCUGCGGCUGCCUCCUUGUUGUCUGCCUACGUGCACAUCCACGGUAUGCUCUCCGCGGCCCGCUUCGAGUGCCUCAAUGAGCAUCUGCAGCUCCUCUUCCUCAUGAGCUUCCGGCGGUUGAAGACUUUGCUGCACAGCCAACUGCGUCACCUCUGGCUGGUCUUCCAGGGCACUGCAGAGCUUGUGCGCCAGGGUGCAGGGAAGUGGCUAGCCGAGGUCGUGGACCUGUUCGAGGCAGACCUUCGUACUUACGAGAGCGUCAUGGUGAACUGGAAGAGCAAGGAGGAGAUCGAAGCCAGCAGCAACGGAACAGCCGUUCCCGCCAGACCGGGGCCACCGCUCCCGGCCUUCACCCCAAGGGAAGCUGAUGGCAUCGCUCUGUCCACCAUCGAGGUGCUCCGCCGUGAGACCUUCGAGGACUGGGACGUUCCGAAGCCACUGCUCCGCGGCUUGUUGCGCUAUGUGAUCUCCAGGGACAGCCAGGUCGCCGACUUUUGUGCAGGAAUCGGCACGGCUGCAAGCUUCCUUAACGAGACAGGCCUAGUCCGGGCAUAUGCCUUCGAUGCUUGCAGCAACAUCAAGCUGCUUAGCCGAAAUGUCGUGGAACACCUGCGGCUGUACGGCGAAGAGGUCAGGCUUUGGACCAACUUCGAUGUAACCAUGUGCCUCUCGGCUGCUACCGACUAUGCCGCGAGGCCGGAGGUUUGGGCCCAGGUUUGGACCAACCUCGAGGCCAACACGCGCCGGGCAGCCAUCUUGACUUGUGGGGUCGGUGAAAAACGGCAAGAAGCCAUGAGAGCCGCUGCCGCGCACGCCCCCAGCCUGUCCUACGACGAGCAGCUCAGCUCGCAAAUCGACGAAGAGAUCAGCUCUACCUCAAAGCUCCUGCAGCCGGCCGAGGCGGACCUCCAAAAGUCGGUGCAGAUGAUCGAGCGGAGACUGAAGGCGCUCUCCGGCAACGACGGAGAAGCUGAGCAACAGCGCAAGGAGUUGGAGGAGCUACAGCGCCGGAGUGUCGAGACCCGCAACAAAAUGGCAGGUGUUCGCACAGUGCUGAAACGACAAGAAGAAUCGCUUCAAGUCGAUGUCCUCCAGAACCAGGUGUCAGAAAAGGUGGAGCUAGCCGAGGAGGCCUUCCUGGCGACGUCAGAAGCAGAGAUGCCUUUCCUGAAGGGCCUCGAGGUCCUGCCUCGAGAAGAGGGAAUCCAAGCUGUCGCCAUGUGCGAGGCUGCUGCCAAGAAGUGCGAAGUUGCACUGGAGCAAGCCAGGCUCUUGCACGAGAAGGUGGUUAACGAAUCCAAGACCAAGUUCUCCAAGGAGGUGAAAGAUCGGCUGAAGGAGAAGCUUGCCAAGUUUCGGCUCCGUGGAGAAGAAACAGCGAAGAAGCUCGCCAGCUUCAAGAAAGAGACGCAGCAGCGGAAAGCCCAAGCAAUGCUUCAAGAAGUCACGGAAAAAGUGGCUGAAGCCGAGAGCCAGUGCCAGACUUUCUCAGAGGUCGUGAAGGUCUUGGGCACGGAGAACCUGGGCCAGGUCACGGUCGAUGUCUUGAAGUAUGCCAUUGAUCAGUCGCGGGCGGCAGAGAAGGACUCUGUUCGGGCCUACAAUGCGGCCCGCGAAGUCAUCACUGCUAAGCAGAAGCAGGUCAAGGAGAACUCCCUGCUGUCAGAGCUGUCAAAGCUCCAGAGCAAGCUGGCAGCCGCACAUGGAGAAAUGGUCAAGAGCAGGCAGCUUGCAAAAAACGGAGAUGCCGUCAUCCGAAGCAAGAAGGUCAUCGAGACAGAAGAAGCAAGGGUCAAAUCCAUCGAUGAGCAGAUUGAGGAGAUGGAGAAACUGGCUGUUCUGUUCGACGGUCCAGAAGUCAAGGCGGAGGAUCUGAAGAAUGUCGAUGAAACCAUCAAGAAAGCACAAGCAGCCACCGCUGGCGGGGCAGCAUCAUUAGAUGCUCAACUCAAAGGCGCUGCGGCGUCCUUGAAGAUCCCGCUGAACCACUUAAGAGAGAGAGUCAAGGAGGCAAACCAGAAAAUUGAGAAGGUGAAGCAGACCACGAAAGCCCAGAGAGAGAAGGCUCACGCCGAGGCCUACGUGAAGGAGGCGGAGCAGAAGGUGGAGGCUGUGGAGGCCUCCCUCCAGAAGAUCGCGGAGGCGGAGCUUCCUUUUCUCAAGGGCAUCGAGGUAUUGCCCCUGAAGGAAGCCUCCACGGCCAUCGCGGAUUGCGAGUCGGCUGCAAAACAGGUGCAGGAGGCCAUGGACAAGGCCAAGUCAGUUCUGACCGCACGCGUCGCGGAUGUCCACAAGUUCGCAGAGGUGGCUUCAAAGCCGACGCUCGAGCGGCUGCAGAGCCUCGUGGAGCGCAACAACGCGGCAGGGGUGAAGCUGGCAGCUUUCCGCAAGGACACAGAGAAGCGCAAACGGACCUCGAAGCUGCAGGAGGCCGAUGAGAUCCUGAAGACUGCGGAAGAGGAGGUGGACCAAGCACGGGAGGCAGCUACGCCUUUAGCUGCCGAGGACCUGAGCACUAUGACUGCCGACACGGCGACGCAGAUCUGCAAGACCCUCGCAGGUCUCGAGAAGGCGGCCGGACAGCGAGUUCACCAGGUCAUCAACUUCCUCGCAGAGCGUCGGAAGGACCGGGACGCCGGAGGUGGCGUGCCAGAGGAGCUGGAGCAAAUGCAGGUGCGGCUUGGCAAAGUGAAGGCGAAGUUGGCAGAGUCCAAGAAGCACACCUCCAUGCUGGAGCAGCGCUUCGUCUCGAAGAAGUUGCUUGCCGAGGCUGCCGGUCUGGUGGAUGAGGUCGAUGCCGAAAUCCAGAAAGUGGAGGCAGCAGCUUCUCCGCUCUUGGACAGCUCCAGCCUGCUCGUGCGCUUGAACGUGCAGCGGCUGUCCACCGCUGUCCAGGAACUGAUCAGCAAAGGCCACACCAAGGAGGCGCUCUUCGCUAAGGCGUGCGGGGAAGGUGGUACCAAGGUCAGCACAGAGCAGUUCAAGGCCUUCAUUGCCUGGCUGGCCGAGAAUCAGACCUCCGAGGACGUCGUGUUCUUGGACUCCCAGCUGGAGGCGAUCUUCAAGAAGCUCGAUGCGGACAGCAGCGGGGACUUGAGCGAGCAGGAGUUUCAGGACAUCUUCUCGGAGUUCUUUCUCUGUGUACAGCCCAUCUCCAUGACAGAUGGGAUGUCCAUCAGCAGCGGCAAGAAUGUCUUGAAGCUUGAUGUGGGCAUGGUGGUCGAAGCGCUGGGAAUGCCGCAGUUCGACGAGACCCAGAAGCUCACACGACUACACUGCCGGGUGGUGGAAGACACCUCCAAAGAGGGUUGGGUGACGAUGAGGGGCAACCAAGGCAAGGUGUACCUCAGUCGCCAGUCGCCUCAAAACACGGCCCUGAAAUCCUUUGCCAGGAACUGGAACACCGUAACAAAGCAAGUGGAGAAGGUCUCAUCUCACAUCACUGACAAACGGAAAGCCAUGGGGACCUGUGCGCAAGGUCCGCUGAUUGAGGCCAGGACUGAGCUGGACCAGCUCAAAGCCAAGGCCAUCUCCUUCAACAGGCGGCUCAGUGACCUCAAAAGGAAAGUGGAGGCAGCAAAGAAGGAGUACGAAAAGAAAGCGGAACAGGAGAAGAAGGCCCGCUUGGACGCACAGGAGCAGAAGCUCUUGGCUGCGGUCACGAAGGUGCUGGACGAGCAGGUCCAGGCCGUGGAGUCCGAGGCAACACGGAUCACCGAGGCCAUGGCUCCGCUGGUGAACAUUCAAUCGGAGGUGGAGGUCCUGAAGGUGCCAACCUCGCUCCUCAAGGAAGGUGAGCAGAUGAAUGCGCAGCUCAAAGAAAAGCUUGCAGCUGUGAGGACCGCGAUUGCGAAGCACGAAGGCCCCAAGGACGAAGGCUCGGGGCAGAUCCGCCAGGCGGUCAAUUCGGCCAAGUGGAAGGUGGACAACAUGGAGAAGGAAGCUGCCAAAGUGCUGGAGGCCGCUCGGGCCACCGCCUCCCGUGUGGCGGACGUGGCGCUUCGGGAAGCGCGGGCUUCCCUAAGGUGUGAGUGCGCCAAGAAGGACACCACGUUGGAUGCAAUCUUCGACACGAUGCGCGGAGACGCGCCUGAUGGCACAGUCUCCAAAGAAGCAUUUGAGAGGUACUUGGGCAGCAUGUCUGACCUCGGGCUCAGUGCCGAGCAGGUCUCCCUGGUCUACGACAGGAUUCCACAAAGCGAGGAAGGUGCCUCCCGAUGGUCCUUCCUCCGUAGCUUUCAGCAGUUUUUCGUGUGCCAGAAGUCCAUUGCGCUGACGUAUGACUUCGUCAUUUCCAACCGCAAGCCGCUGCGAAUGGUGGCCUGUGACGAGGUCAUGGAAGUCCUGGAGGGGCCGCAAACAGACCCGAAGUUAGGCAUCACCCGGGUGAAAGGCCGACUGCUCGAGCACAACGUGGUCGGUUGGGCUACGGUCUCUGGCAAUCAGGGCUCCCGCUUCUUAAAGGAGAAGGCAAAACCCUACAUGCAGUGCCUCCUAGAGCUGCCUCUUGAGCCCGACUUCUUGACAAGUGAAGCUCCCAUUCGGUUGCUGAAGGCCGAGGAGGUCCUGGAGGUGAUCGAGGGGCCUCGCAAGGACAGCAACGAGCCGCUACUUCGGGCUCGUUGCAAGGCAUGUUCAGACCAGGCCGAGGGCUGGCUCACCCUAAAGGGUCCCGCCGGGUUCCUGGCCGAGCAAGGCCGGCACCAGCAUUACGUCUGCAAGACUGCCAUCGCGAUGACCGACAACCAGAACAUCAAGACCUGCAAGGUCUUGAGGAAGCUCGAGGUCGGUGAAAUCGUCCGAGUCCUGGAAGGCCCAGAAGUGGACAAGGACUCUAGCGUUUCACGGAUCAAGGCUGUCGCCACCAAGGAUUCCCUGGAGGGCUGGGUGACCGUGAAGGGAAAUGCCGGGACAGUCUACGCGGAGGAAGCUCCUUCCUUGUACACGGUCCUGCAAGAGGUGCCGCUGCAGCGCUCCUUUAGCACCGAGGGCGCCGAGCAGAUCCGAGCCCUUGCAAAAGACGAGGCCAUCGAGGUCCUGGAGGGCCCCAAGGAGGAGGUCCUGGAGCCGGUCUUGCGCUUCAAGGGCCGAGCCUUAGCCGACAGCGCGGUCGGCUGGGUCAGCAUGAGCAGCAAAAAGCUGAAAAGCUGGAGCCCACUUUACCGGUGUAAACAGAGCACGGUGCUGCAGUCCACGUUGGCCACGAAGAGCGCCGCGUCGAUCCGUCGAGUGGACGAAGGUGAGAUCUUGGAAGUCGUGGAUGGGCCCCAGGAGGACUCAGAAGCUGGUCUUCUUAGAAUUAGAGCAAGAGCUCGGAAAGACCAAGCAGUAGGAUGGAUAACGAUGAAAGGCAAUCAGGGAACUGUUUUCCUGGUGCAGUCUGAAGAUCCGCCUAAGCGACAGUAG